AUGACAUCUUUAACUUCCACUAAACUAUGCUUCCUCCCUUAUUGCCUUGUCAUCUUCUUGUUUGUUUCAUCACCAAAUUGGGUUGCUUUUCCUUCUGCUACUUCUACUGAAGCAAAGGCUCUUCUCAAAUGGAAAGCCAGCUUAUUUCCAAAUAAAGCCCUCAAUCAUCUCACCUGGUACCCUUCCACUCAUAAUAUUAAUGCCACCAAUUCUUCCAACACCAAUCCAAAACCAAGAACAAGCCCAUGCACUUGGACUGGUGUUUCAUGCAACUCGGCUGGAAGUGUCAUCACGAUAAACCUUUCCACUUGUGGUAUUCAAGGUACGCUACAUGAGUUUUCAUUCUUGUCCUUCCCUAAUCUUGAAUAUCUUGACCUCAGCUUCAACAAACUAUUUGAUGCCAUACCACCUCAAAUCAGCUACCUCUCCAAACUCCACUAUCUCAAUCUCUCUAUAAAUCAGUGGUCUGGGAGAAUUCCACCAGAAAUCAGUCUCUUGAGAAAUCUUACACAUCUUGAUCUCUCUGAAAAUACUUUGUUGGGGGAAAUUCCCAAUGAGAUAGGCAACCUGAAAUCUCUUGUGGGGCUAUAUUUGGGAGAGAAUCAACUCCAUGGUUCAAUUCCAAGAUCACUAGGCAAUCUAACAAGCCUUACCCAUCUCUAUCUCUAUGAUAAUACACUUUCUGGUUUGAUUCCCAAGGAGAUAGGGAACUUGAAAUCUCUUGUAGAUCUAGAGUUGUCCUCCAACAGUUUAAGUGGUCUCAUCCCUCCAAAUAUUGGGAACUUAAUAAACCUAAACACUUUGUACUUGUAUUCCAAUCAACUUUCUGGUUUGAUUCCCAAGGAGAUAGGGAACUUGAAAUCUCUUGUAGAUCUAGAGUUGUCCUCCAACAGUUUAAGUGGUCUCAUCCCUCCAAAUAUUGGGAACUUAAUAAACCUAAACACUUUGUACUUGUAUUCCAAUCAACUUUCUGGUUUGAUUCCCAAGGAGAUAGGGAACUUGAAAUCUCUUGUAGAUCUAGGCUUGUCCAACAACAGUUUAAGUGGUCUCAUCCCUCCAAAUAUUGGGAACUUAAUAAACCUAAACACUUUGUACUUGUAUUCCAAUCAACUUUCUGGUUUGAUUCCCAAGGAGAUAGGGAACUUGAAAUCUCUUGUAGAUCUAGACUUGUCCUCCAACAGUUUAAGUGGUCUCAUCCCUCCAAAUAUUGGGAACUUAAUAAACCUAAACACUUUGUACUUGUAUUCCAAUCAACUUUCUGGUUUGAUUCCCAAGGAGAUAGGGAACUUGAAAUCUCUUGUAGAUCUAGAGUUGUCCUCCAACAGUUUAAGUGGUCUCAUCCCUCCAAAUAUUGGGAACUUAAUAAACCUAAACACUUUGUACUUGAAUAACAAUCAACUUUCUGGUUUGAUUCCCAAGGAGAUAGGGAACUUAAUAAACCUAAACACUUUGUACUUGAAUAACAAUCAACUUUCUGGUUUGAUUCCCAAGGAGAUAGGGAACUUGAAAUCUCUUGUAGAUCUAGGCUUGUCCAACAACAGUUUAAGUGGUCUCAUCCCUCCAAAUAUUGGGAACUUAAUAAACCUAAACACUUUGUACUUGCAUUCCAAUCAACUUUCUGGUUUGAUUCCCAAGGAGAUAGAGAAUCUCAAGAAUUUGACUGAACUGCAGUUGUAUGGAAACCAAUUUUCUGGUUAUUUGCCCAAAAAUAUUUGCCAAGGUGGAAAACUCGCAAACGUUUCAGUAGCCAGAAACUAUUUGACUGGUCCAAUCCCCAAAAGCUUGAAAAACUGCACGAGCUUAUUCAGACUCCAUCUUGAACAGAACCAAUUGACAGGAAACGUAUCUGAAGACUUUGGCGUUUAUCCGAAUCUUCAUUUUAUAGAUGUAAGCCAUAACAACUUGUAUGGAGAAAUCUCACACAAUUGGCAAAAAUGCCCAAAGUUGACAACCCUACGACUUGCGGGAAACAACCUUAGUGGGAGCAUCCCACCUGACAUAGGCAAUGCAACCCAAAUUCAAGAGCUAGAUCUCUCUUCGAAUCAUUUAGUUGGAUUGAUUCCAAUGGGAUUCUGGAGACUGACUUCUUUGGAGAGGUUGAUGUUGAAUGGAAAUCAACUUUUGGGUCGUAUACCCUCUGAAUUCGGAUCAUUGACUAACCUUGAUUAUCUUGACUUGUCAACAAAUAAAUUCAAUGACUCAAUUCCCAGCAUUCUAGGUGACUUGCUCAAAUUAUACCAUCUGAAUUUGAGCAACAACAAGUUAUCUCAAGCAAUUCCACUUCAGUUGGGGAAGUUAGUUCAAUUGAAUUACCUGGAUUUAAGUCAUAACUCACUUGAAGGUAAGAUACCAUCAGAAAUAGGCAGUAUGCAGAGUUUGGUGACACUUGAUCUUUCUCACAACAAUCUUUCGGGUUCCAUACCAUCAAGUUUCGAAGAGAUGCGCGGCUUGUUGCACGUUGACAUAUCCUACAAUCACUUGGAAGGUCCCCUUCCUAACAUCAAUGCAUUUCGAGAAGCUCUGCUAGAAGAAUUGAAAGGGAACAAAGGAUUGUGUGGUAAAGUUGGAGCUCUGCUACCACCCUGCAAUGCACAUGCCUCUAAAAAAGACCACAGGUUAAUAUUCUCUCUUCUAGCAGUAUUUGUACUUGUAUCUGCUUUCUUUACAAUUGUCUUUGUAAUGGUGCAAAGAAAGAAGAAGCAUCAAGAUACUAAACAAAACCACAUGCAUGGAGAAAUUUCCUUUUCGGUUUUAAAUUUUGAUGGAAAAUCAAUGUAUGAGGAAAUCAUAAGGGCAACAGAAGAUUUUGAUUCCACAUAUUGUAUUGGAAAGGGAGGACAUGGAAGCAUCUACAGAGUGAAUUUGUCAUCUGGAGAUGUAGUGGCUGUGAAGAAACUUCAUCUGCUAUGGGAUGGCACGACAGAAUUUCAGAAGGAGUUCUUGAAUGAAGUAAGGGCACUUAGUGAGAUAAGACAUCGAAAUAUUGUGAAGCUCUAUGGUUUCUGCGCACAUAAAAGACACUCGUUUUUGGUGUAUGACUAUCUUGAAAGAGGUAGCUUAGCCACAAUGUUUGGCAAAGAUGAAGAAGCUAAAGAGUUGGGGUGGAGUAAAAGGGUGAAUAUUGUUAAAUGUGUAGCUGAUGCCUUGUCUUACAUGCACCACGAUUGCUUGCCACCGAUUGUACAUCGUGACAUCUCAAGCAAGAACAUUUUGUUGGAUUUUGAAUAUGAGGCAUGUGUUUCAGACUUUGGCACUGCUAAGUUUUUAAAUCCAGACUCAACUAAUUGGACUGCCGUUGCAGGCACAUAUGGCUACAUGGCACCAGAGCUUGCUUACACAAUGAAAGUGAAUGAGACGUGCGAUGUUUAUAGCUUUGGUGUGGUCACAUUGGAAAUAAUUAUGGGAAAGCAUCCCGGACAUCUUUUCUCAUCUUUCUCAUCAGUCUCUUCAUCCUCCUCCUCCUCAUCAUCAUCUACAUUACCAGCCCAUCAAAUAACAAUUGUGGAUGUUUUGGACCAACGCAUUUCCCCUCCAACGCAUCAAGUUGCAAGCGAAGUGGUCUCUCUUGUGAAGAUAGCAUUUUCAUGCUUGGAUUCCAACCCGAAAUCUCGUCCAACAAUGAAACAAGUUUCUCAUUUCCUCUCAACUCAGAUGCUCCAUUUGUCGAAGCCGAUACAUAUGAUGACAUGUGGUGAAUUGCUUGGUCUUGAUCCUUUGGCUACCUGA